AUGUUCGCUCCCAUCCGCCACCUGCCCCUAACGCGCAUUGUCGCUAGUCACCGCCUCUUUCAUGCCUCGGCUCCCGCUUUCGUGAAAGUAGGCGACAAGAUCCCCAAUGUCGAACUCAUGGAGGACUCGCCUGGCAACAAGGUCAAUCUCGCAAAAGAGCUGACUGGAAAAGGAUUGAUUAUUGGCGUCCCCGCCGCCUAUUCUCCUGCAUGCUCUGAGAACCAUAUCCCGGGUUAUAUCAACGCUGCCAAACUCAAGGACGCCGGCAAGGUGUUCGUCGUCUCAGUGAACGAUGCUUUUGUCAUGAAGGCGUGGGGCAAAGUCCUCGACCCAUCAGGCUCCAGUGGCAUUCGCUUCAUCGCCGACCCCAGCUUGGCCUUCACAAAGGCUCUUGACCUCUCUUUCGACGGGGCCAAAAUAUUCGGUGGUGACCGCUCCAAGCGUUAUGCAUUGGUGAUCGAAGAUGGCGCUGUCAAAGAGGCUCAUGUAGAACCAGAUAACACUGGCUUGAAUGUUUCCGCCGCUGACAAGGUUCUUUGA